AUGAACCAACCUAGCCCUGACCAGAGAGAUGAAGCAUCAUCCGACAGCGAUGGAUCGUCUGUCUUUAGCGAGGCCUCAUCCAAUGGGUGCGAGAGUUCCAUCGACACGGCGGUCUCUGAGGAUGAGGAUUCUACCGAAGUUGAAAAUGCUAUCGAUGUGAAGGUCGAUACUCGAGGUUUUGAGCGAGAUGGAGUGGUCCCUGGCGGUGAGGCUCCCCCGGGACGAGCUAUCGAGGACUUAAUCUACGAAUUUUAUAUUCUUGUCCGACUCUCCAUCCACGGGGAUGGUGUCUUAGUGGAUUUUGACGCGGACCUGGGGAGUAUCCUAGUGAGUAUCGUUCAGGUGCCUAGCAUCACACCACUGAACGAUGGGUCGUGGGAAAUCCUUGUCCAGAAAGUCGACCUCCAUGCCAUACAGCUCCAACUCCACGAGAUGCACAUGAACUUUACUCUGGAUUCGGAAUAUGACCCAUUUGAACCCCUUGACAAGGAUGUUAAGCACUGGGGCUUUGAUAGGGCCAAACAUCUUUACGCCCUUUGGUUCACGGAAAGGGCAAUGAGGACGAUCGAGCGUUCCUGGUUUGUCGCCGAGACGUCCCACCGUCAUCUCCUGAAAGAAAGACUUUUGACUCGACCGAGUUGGAUGGGUACAUUGGGAGUUGGCCCAUGUUUCUGGUGA